AUGGUAAUUGGGUGUUCAAUGGCAGACAAGAAGGCUCUGCAGAGGGUUAUAGGCACAGCCCAAAAGACCAUAGCCUGCCCUCUGCACUCCCUGGAAGAGCUAGCCAACUCCCGCUGCCUCAACAGUACUAAAUCCAUCCUCAAAGACACUGCCACCCUGCUCAUCACCUGUUCAACCUGCUUCCCUCUGGCAGGCGCUAUAGGUCUCAGGCGAAAUCAGUCAGAUGUGGGGCCCAGCCAGGGCGUGCAACGGUCGGGGCUGCUGCAGCAGCUGAUGUCCUCCCUCUGGUGGACGACGAGACGUGGGGCGGUGGAGCGGGCCCGCUCCAGGCCCAGGCAGCGGCCCUCGCGCAGGCCAUCCCUCUCGGGUCCUCCCGGUGGGUCGGCCUCCUCUGGCGGUAAGGGUCCGAUGGUCUCGAUGUGGGAAGGCAAUGAGCCCGGGGAUGAGCUGACGGUGACCUACAGAGAGCUGCUGCAGAGGGUCUGUCAGUUUGCCAACGUCCUGAAGUCUCAGGGAGUGAAGAAGGGCGACCGUGUGUCCAUCUACAUGCCGAUGGUGGUGGAGCUGGUCGUAGCCAUGUUGGCCUGCGUCCGCAUCGGAGCCGUUCACUCCAUAGUGUUUGCAGGGUUCUCUGCGGAGUCUCUGUGCGAGAGGAUCCUGGACUCGCAGUGUUCGCUGCUCGUCACAGCAGAUGGUUUCUAUCGAGGAGAUAAGCUGAUCAACCUGAAGCUCUUAGCUGACGAAGCACUGCAGAAAUGCAGGGACAAGGGUUUCCCGAUCCACAGGUGUAUAAUGCUGAAGCACCUGUCCAAAGAAGAAGGAGAUGCUCCUCUGGGCUCCCAGUCUCCUCCCGCCAAACGGCCCUGUCCUGAUCUGCAGCAGGAGAAACAGACAGGGAGAGUAAAGAAAACGCGCCCUGUUCCGCAGGUAUUUUCAUUCCCUCCUCCCUCCACUAAACCUCCUAAACACCUUUUCUGUUUUUGCUUUUUAAAAAGGAAUAUGUCACCCACACAGCAGACUUUUCACAUCACCGCUGCACGGUAAAAACAGUAAACAUAAUUUCAUUUUUAAGGGGCAUUUAUUGUGUUGUCUUUCAUGACUUGUGGUGCUUUAAACCCUCAUGUUG